AUUACUUUUAAAAGUAACUUUCCACAACACUGCGUAUAUCCAAGUGAAACUGGCUUCUGAAAUUAAAUAAGGCAGGACUGGGUUUGAAUUUGUCCAUCGAGAUCUGAUUGGACCAUUUGAAGUGGGGUUGUGUUGCUAAUUGCUAAUCACAAUGAUCUUCUACUGGACUACGCCCACCUGCAAUUCCAUGGCUGCCUUCUGAGGCAGCAUUUCAAGGCAAGAAGGCACCAAGGCAUGUCCGAAUCCAAUGUUAGGUUUACUUCCUGACUCAGAAUGUAAUUGGUCAAGCCUGGUCGAGUUCGAAAAAAUAAAAUGGCGGCCAAGAAAGCGGCUGGAGCACUAAUUUAGUGUAAAUGCAUUUAUAUUUUCACUUUUUAAACCUUUUAAAUGCACUUCUAGCGAGAAAUUAGUACGUAGUUUUCAAAUAUGUGAUAAGUUAUCAUAAAGGCACUGUUUAUAUUUCAAACACGUUGCCUAUGAAGUGUGUCCAAAUGCGUUUUUCUGAGCUGGCUUGAUGCCUUUUGCCUCAUGAGGCAACAAGCGCACACUGCAUCCUAUGUGAAAGCCGUUUUUUCAAUUUUCAGACGCAGCCCAUAUGGAAUACCGGAAUUAAAGAGAAAUCGUUUUGGAUGGGAGAUUUGUGUUUUUGAUUAAAAUUAUAAGUGCACAUUAAUUUUUUUUUUAAAUAACGAAGCUCACAUAUAAUCAUUUGUAAAAAAAUACUACAAUAUUUUUUAAGAAAUUACAACUUUAUAUUUUAUUUUCAUGGCGACUUUAACUUUGUUAAGAAAUAAAUUGAAAUGAAAUAUAAAAAAUGAAAUCAAAGUCACCAACAGUUAUUAAUUUUGUGUUUGUGUAUUUACCCACAUAAUACUAGGAAUUCAAAAAAACACAUGGUUGUCGUUGUCAUUCUAUGAGAAAUUUAAAUAAGAUCACAAUAAAACCAUAUGAAGACAAUUUGGCAUCCAAAUUAGCCACAAGGGGCGCAUUUACUUUACCUGGCAACCUUAGCCUCAUUACGAUCAGUUUCUUCUUAACGGAUUUUCAGACACGCAGGUAACCUUAAUGGCGAGCACUGUGCUUAAACGCCAAGCAAACCAACUUCUGCACAACAAAUUUGUUGUGGUUUUGGGCGACUCGAUUCAGAGGUCGGUUUACAAGGACUUGGUUUUAAUCUUGCAGAGAGACGCAUAUUUAAGCUCUUCACAGCUGAGAAGCAAGGGUGAGAUUUCUUUUGAAAAGGACACUUUAAUUGAGGGUGGACGACUUGGGUCGAUGAACAACGGGACGGCGUACCGAGAAGUGCGUCAAUAUCGUAGCGACCAUCAUUUGGUCCGGUUUUAUUUUGUGACUCGGAUCUUUUCGCACUACAUGGAAAGCAUCCUGGCGGACUUUGAGCGUGGCAUAAAACCAGACUUGGUAAUAGUCAAUUCGUGUGUGUGGGAUGUGUCCAGGUACGGCCGUAAUUGGGAUUCAGAAUACAGGGCUAACUUGAACAAAUUCUUCAGGCAGCUUAAGGCUGUUUUGCCAGAGGAAAGCCUCAUUGUUUGGAACAUGGCCAUGCCCCUCGGCAAAAGGAUAGUGGGAGGUUUCCUGGUCCCGGAGAUACAGGACAUGGGUCCAUCAUUAAGAUUUGAUGUGAUUGAGGCAAAUUUCUACGGAGCCACGUUAGCUGAUGACUUCGGAUUUGAUGUACUGGACAUGCAUUUCCAGUUUCGCUUCAGCCUGCAUCUCCGUACCAACGACGGUAUUCACUGGAACGCAGUUGCCCACCGGAAGAUAACAUGCUUGCUGCUUGAGCAUGCUGCACAGGCAUGGGGAGUGGAACUAUCAAGCCCUGUUGAGCUCAAAACAGAUCACGCUGUGCCUCAGAGUAAUUUCCAGCAAACUUCUGCAAGCAGACUUGUAGGGAACAAAGAAGGUUCUCACAGUGACCAGAGACGCUUUAAAGUACCCAUGCAGCCUGUGAACCACUACAACAAUGGUGGCAUUGUUUACCGUCAUCCCCCCGGUCCAGCCUUCAGACAAGGACAACUAAUGGGACAAUAUAAUGGCUUGGCACCAAUUUUCUACAGGGAUGAUUUACCUCCCCCCUUCACUCCAGGUUACCACAGCUUUGAAACAAAUGCCUUUGUCGGAGGUGGUCCCAACUUCAAUGCUGCCCCCUAUUGGCCAGUGAAUAACUUUGUCAUAAAGCAACGAAACAGAAGACCAUAUAAUCCGUAUCCACGACAGAAGCCACGUCACCUCUAGAUAAAUGGAUUCAGUUGAAACUGUGUAGCUGGGUGUAAUAAAAAUAGCCGUUCUUUAAACUUGAGUAUUUUAAGGUACUGCACUCAGUCUGCAUAAAAAUGUUGGCCAUAUUGGUUGUUUGCUAGUUUAUCUUGUUAUGAGAGCUGUGUAUAUUGUAAAGCAAACAUACAGAUGUUUCUAGAUUUUAUCGUUUGUUUGAAAUAUAAUUUUGUUUGAAAUAACUUAAUCUGGAUAAGUGUUAAGUUCUUCAAUAAAGUCAUACCCAAAUAAAUGUAACCGUAACAGUGAUGGUUUGCCACUUGGAAAAGUUAAGCACAAAACAUUUUUGACAA